AGAGCCUGUGCUCAAGAGGCAGAGAAAGAACAAAAGCAGCGCAUUGCUCUCGGUUGGUGAGUGAUGCUCAAGGGGGAAUUUAUUCCGAGCUGGCACCCAGUAGAGCAGCCCGAGAGGGCCCAAUCUCAGCUCCUGUAGGCUCAGAGAGGCUGGACACCCAAAGGAUAGCAAGUGUAAACUGCAGAUACCUGCUCAGCUGACACGCCUUUCACCAUGGAAAGGAGGCUUAUAAAGAAGGAAGUGAAAAAGCUCCUGGGAGAUUAUAUUGGCACCAGACUUCGGGAAAAUGAAUUUGACCCAAAAGGAAGACGGCAACUGACCUUUCUAGAUGAUAUGGCUCACUAUGACUUGGCCAUCAGUAUUGCUUUGCAAUGGCUGAAUCACUCAGAAGACUUAACAUGGCUGGACUGGGAGGAAGUGAAAAUGCCAUUCCAUGGCGGACCCACAUAUCCAAACCGCAGAGAACGAGAAGCUAUGAUUUUAUCAUCUUAUGCUGGAAUCUUAAUGAACAGUAUCUCGAUUGAGGAAAUCUUUAAAAUUUAUGGGGCUGAUUCUUCUGCAAAUUCUGGUACUACUAAGGUUCCCCGAGUGUCCUCUCUCCACCUCUCCUUGCACCCUUUUGCCAUGUUAACAGCACCCAAGGCAGCAGAGUAUGCCCGCAGACAGAGUGUCAAGUCAAGAAAGGGAGCAACAAGUAAAAAUGCCACCAGCCGCUCGACCAAGGGAGCAAAUGCCACGGAAUGGAAAUCAUCGAAAAGUUUUUCAGACACCCAACCAAGGAACAAAGUCACUUAGAAACUUGGAAGUGUACCACGAAACUUCGUAAUAGAGUCUCUGGGAGCAGACAGGAAACACCAUCUUAAAACUGCAGCUCCUGCCAGCACACUAUUUCUUCACUCCUAGCUUUUGAUGCAAACUGCAUUGAAGUGUUAUUUUUGAUGUUGGCUUUCUUCUCUUAGAAGCAUAUUGCACAGCUACAUUUUGGUUGAAAAACAAAAAAGAUUAUAUACUACUAUUUUAUUGUGACUGGAAGAUCGUUGGGAGAAUUCAGAGUGUACAGUCUUUCUAUGUCAAAACAGGCCAGUUUAUAUAGUGACAAAGAAGGAGGCAGUUUUCUGAAGAUUCAUUCUGAAAUAAAAUGAAUCUGUCACUGAUUGCCUUUACAAUGUGCUCAUAUAAAAAAUGUAACUGAUUUUAA